GUCAAAUGACAACUCACCUUUAAGCUACCUAUUCCGUAUUGGUGUGUGUGUCGCUUUCUCUCUCGACUUCGCUCAGGCAUCACUCAAUCUUUCCAUCCAUUUCCGUCGCCAUUAUUCCACGAGUCCUAGGCAACAGCGACGUACCGCCACCGACAUGACGUUGGUUCACGAGAAGCUAAAAGUAUCCCGUGCGCCUCUUUGACGACAGUUACUACCAUGGCCAAUACAAACACAUCCUUCAGGGACAAAGCGCGCUUCUUCCGCCAGCUUGAAUCUAUUGGCAGGCAAGGCGAGGAUGGCGAGGAUGACGAUGAUGAUUUUCACGAGGCCGAGCAACGCACAAGACAACAAUUGAAAGCGUUUCAAGCCGCGGCGCAACUUCGCCAGCCACUCAGGGAAAGACCGCAGCCGGAAUUACAGCCGCCUCUCUUUCCUCCUCCUCCUCCUUCUCGCCAGCAAGAACAGCAACAGCCACAACGGCGCGUAAGCCCCAGGCGAACCUCUUCAGCUCCGACAUCAGCGCCCCUCACGGAACUAAAACGGAAGGAGGUCAUCGAGCGGACACCACUUGCCGAGAUCAAGGGUCCCGGAAGGAAGGAAGCUCCCACUGAAGACCUCAGCUUCGUCGAAGACACGCCUAUUCCAGAAACUUUGGCUCGACCACCGCUUCAGCCGUUGGCCAGUCUUACUAGAAGCGCUACCACACCGCUUCCUCUUACGAGACACGUUUUGCCGCAUCGCGUAGACAACUCGCCAUCCAUCGCCGCGAUGAAGAAGAGAAAGAGAGAGCCGCCCAUCAAGGUGCUACCCGAGGCGCAGCAGAUCUUUCGUGGAUUACGAUUCCACUUCAUUCCAAAUGAUGACAUCGCGCCAGCCAGGAGGAUUCGGAUCCGAAAAGCGCAAGAGUUUGGUGCCCAGUGGACGAGAUCUCUUGAGAAUGCGACGCACGUCAUUGUCGACAGGCGCCUCGACUGGCAAAGUAUACAGAAUGUGCUCAGUUCGGCAAGCGAAGGGUCAUCGUACACCGUCCUGAACGAGGAUUUCCCGCUGGACUGUAUCAGGUUCAAGACGCUGCUCAACGCAAAACAGAAGCAAUAUCAGGUAUCUGGCUGUCCUGAGCCACCUUCUUCCCCAACCUCGGGAGAACCCAAAACUUCACCUCAGACUGUUCAGCCUUCAACCGGAACAACGGCGCGAGAUUUGCCGCUGAAAAAGCGGCAGACAAAUCCCCAAAAGUGGGAUUACGUUCCACCGCCGUCAACUCCAUCUCGAAGUCAGGAGUCUUCUGGAAGGACAAGUGGAAAUGCGACCGAUAUUGCGGAACCCUCCGUUCUAAGAGAUAUCACAGAGGCUGUGCAAUCAACAGCUACGCGUGAGGCUGCAUUUCAACAAGAUGCCGGAUCUUAUGAAGAUGUCCCCGCCACAGCAGAGAAGUCAACCUCUAUAUCAGAAGAUGAGCUUGAACACGUUAUUUCCCAGCUGCAGCAGUUUAGAGAUCUGCCACUGGAGCAUGACGAUGACGAUGAUGAUGCUCCUGCAACAUCGCCGCAGUUACAUGAACAAGGAUCAGGCAGCGAAGUCUCGGAUGACGAACGCCAAAGGAAGAAAAGAACUGUGGCAAGAACUAGGGGACGAAAAGAAAUGACUUGGGAAGACAAGUUCACGUGUCAUAAAGGGGGCACUCUAGGGAGCGACCAGCACAACCCCAACUCCCGCACAAUUGAGAUCUUGCAGCAGAUGUGCAGCUACUACGAGCGUAUCAACGACACAUGGCGACCCAUUGCCUACAGAAAAGCCAUCACCCAGCUCAAGCGGCAGCCCGCCAAGAUUUCGACCGCUGAGGAGGCGAUUCGACUGCCUGGUGUUGGCCAAAGGUUGGCCGACAAGAUUGAAGAGAUUGUUACUACCAAUCGCCUCAAACGACUGGAAAAUGCAGAGUCGGAUCCGAUGGAUGAGGUUCUGCAGACAUUCCUAAAGAUCUACGGUGUUGGGAGCACACAGGCGAGCCAUUUCAUCGCUCAGGGGUUCCGAACGCUCGAUGACCUCAAGCAAAAAGCAAAGCUGACGGUGAACCAACGAAUUGGUAUCGAUCACUAUGAAGACCUCAACACGCGCAUUCCCAGGCCCGAGAUGAAGUGGUUAAGUGCGGUAGUCAGGUCAGAGGCAGCCAAGCUGGACCCUACUGUUCAAAUCAUCGUCGGGGGCAGCUAUCGUCGCGGGGCUCAAAGCAGUGGGGAUAUCGACUUUAUCGUCACGAAGAAAGGGACCGUGGCAUCAUCGGAACUGAUCCCUUUCCUACGAGACCUGAUCAGGGCACUUGAAGCGCAAAGGUUUCUCGUCGCCAGGUUCGCGGGAUCCAGGGACAAUGACGGAAGCAAAUGGCACGGCUGUUGCGUUUUGCCAAAGAUCGAAGGCUUCAACGACGAAGAGUACCGGAAAGUCUGGAGACGUGUGGACUUCCUAGUGGUGCCAGAAGCCGAAAUAGGGGCGGCACUGAUUUACUUCACAGGCAACGACAUCUUCAACCGCAGCAUACGACUGCUGGCAUCGAAGAAGGGAAUGCGACUCAACCAGAGAGGUCUUUAUAAGAAUGUGAUGAGAGGUCCCGGACGCGCCAAGUUGACCGAAGGAGAGCUUGUUGAGAGCCAGGACGAGAAGAAGAUAUUUGAUAUUCUUGGGGUCAAGUGGAGAGAACCGCACGAGAGGUGGUGUUAA